CCCGGCCGGGCAGGGCUGGGCGGCCAUUUUGGGCAGAGCUUUGUUAUGGUUGUGGGGCCGCCGGAGCCGCGCCAGGGCCCGCCCGUGACGACAGUUCCUGUCUCACCUCUUUGAUGGAAGAGGACUAUGACCCAGAAGUGAAGUCUUUACUGUAGAACAAGAAGCUCUUGUGGAUUAUUUGUGUCCCUUUAAAAGCAGCACCCAGUCUACAAAAAAUAGAGUAGAAGAGAUUAUUUUUGGACUUGUUUUUUUUUUGUUUUUGUGACCUAUGUUUCAGCAUGUAAAUGGUGAAAAACAGGGAGAACAUUUGUGCCUGCUUCUGAGCUUUAUAUCAAGUAGUGCUUAGCUCUGUGGAGCAUUAGCCAAGUUACGUGGAGACUACAGUAUAUCCUAACAUUCAUUUUUUAAAAUAUUUUACCUUUUUUUAGCAGAUGUAUGUGAUAAAAAUGAAAAUUAUAUUUUAAGAGCACUUGGGCAGAUGCUUCUCGUUUAGAUCUCAGCAUUUAGGGCAAACAUUUUUAUGUAACAUCAUUUUUCUAGAGUGUUUAGGUUGAUCUGCUGCAGAUCAUGAACUGUCCAGCAGCCUUGAGUGUAUCUGUUCAGUAUUAACCAUGAUGUUGCUCUGAAUGUUGUCAUGCACACUUGACAAAUCUUUUUGUAAUGUAAAGGCUGAUUUCUGUGCUACCACGACCAGAGGAAAUUUAAUGAGGUGAACGUGGGCGUGGCCUUUUUAAAUAUAAAUUACCUUCUUAGGUAUCUUUUUUUUUGUAGUGAGAGUGCAGAGAGAGGGUAAAAUGAGCAGCUGAGGGGGUGAAGGGCACAGUUGGCACGAAGUGCGGCCUCUCGUGCUCUGCUUUGAGACGCACUGUUGCCUCAAGGCUGGCCUUCCAGAAUUCUGGAGAAGGAAGGAACCCAGAGGUCACUGAAGCACACAAACUGAGGACAUUGGACUGCAGAGGCCAAACUCAGGAGCCUGGCCAUGAGGUUUGAUGCCUCAUUUUAUUGAAGGGAGACACUGGACCUAAAUGGCGCAGCAUGACUUUGUUCCUGCCUGGCUUAACUUCUCAACACCACAGUCCACCAAGUCCCCUGCAGCCACCUUUGAGAAACAUGGAGAGCAUCUUCCACGGGGAGAGGGCCGCUUUGGCGUGAGCCGCAGGAGACACAACUCUUCUGAUGGAUUUUUCAAUAAUGGGCCCCUCCGAACUGCGGGAGACUGCUGGCAUCAGCCAUCCCUUCUCCGCCAUGAUUCUGUAGAUUCUGGUGUUUCUAAAGGAGCUCAUGUUGGGCUUUCUGGCAGUCAGGCUGGCUGGCAUGGUCCCUCACGGGGCCAUGAUGGUGUGAACCAGCGUGGAGGAGGAGGAACUGGAGUUCAUCGCCACUGGAAUGGCAACUUCCAUUCUCGGAAAAGUUCCGCCUUUCAAGAAAAGCUGCCUGUUGAAUCCAGGGAAGACAAGAAAGAAGAUAAAGAGCAUUUGCAGUUUGAGGAGGAAGACUUUCCAUCUUUGAAUCCAGAAGGUGGAAGACAAAACAACCAGAACAAACCUUUAGGGACACCUUCUGGAGUAUGGGAAAACCCCCCUAGUGCCAAGCAACCUACCAAGAUGCUGGUCAUCAAAAAGGUUUCAAAAGAGGAUCCUUCCGCCGCCUUCUCAGCUGCAUUUACAUCACCUGUUUCUCACCUGGCAAAUGGCAACAAAGCCACCACCAUUGUCCCAAGUGUCUACAAAAAUCUGGUUCCUAAACCUGCAGCUCCUCCUUCCAAGCCAAGCCCAUGGAAAGCCAACAGAAGUGAACAUAAACCAGGCUCGCUGUCCUCCACCCGUGACUCUGCCUUUACCAGUCCAGUGUCUGUAACCAAACCAGCGGUACUGGCAAGUGGCUCAGUCCUCACCUCUCCCAAAGAGAGUCCUUCCAGCACCACCCCUCCCAUCGAGAUCUGCUCCUCGCGCCUGACGAAGCUGAUGCGCCGGACCACUGAUAAAAAGAGUGAAUUCCUGAAGGCACUGAAGGAUGAUAGAAAUGGGGAGAUAACAGAAAACAGGGAAUGUGACAAGCUGGAUGAUAUGGAGAGCAACAGCACACCAGAACCAAAGGAAAACUGGGAAGAAAACUGCCAUCAGAAUGGCCUUUCUCUCCCUUUGCCGGAGGAGGGGGAAAACCUCUCCCAUUCAUUGGAAGCAGAACACAGGUUAUUGAAAGAAAUGGGAUGGCAGGAAUAUCCUGAAAAUGAUGAAAACUACCUUCCCCUCACGGAGGAUGAGCUCAAAGAGUUCCAGAUUAAAUCAGAGCAGCGAAGAAGAAAUGGAUUUGGGAAGAAUGGAUUUCUUCAGGGCCGUGGCUCCAGCCUGUUGUUCCACUGGGGAAGCACUUUUAAGACAAAGAUUGAGGACUCAGACACAGAAACAAGUAGCAGCGAAACGUCAGAUGACGAUGCCUGAAACUGGGCACAAUAAAAUUAAAAUAAAUAAAACCAACCCAAUAAACUCAGUUCAUAGUUCAA